AUGCCGACAACACGACGAAAUGGUCAGCUGUGGUCCUGUGAGCCAUGCCGCAAAUCAAAGUUACGUUGCGACCACACAACCCCUGUCUGUGGGAGAUGCGUCCGCCGCAACAGGGAGCAUCUGUGUAUCUACCACCCAGCACCACUAACGACUAACAACCCCCCACAAGGAAAACGGAGAAAACAAAAAAUACCGCUAUCCGCUGGAUCAAGCAAUGAAUCUGAUGAUUGGAGCCAGAAGAAAGCCUCGUGGUCCACCCCGGGCUUUCUUGGACAAACAAGUUACUUCGAUGUGUUUGCAGACGGCGAAAAUGGAUUGCAGAUAGGAGGCCCUUCGUCUUCUCCAGAUUCUAUCUCGGUCAACCUGGAACGAAUUCAACUGGGAGCCCGAGCACUGGCUCUGUUAAAACAUCUCCCUAUCUACCGAGAAAUACUGACAGCACGCUACAAGAUUUGGAAAGGAUGGUCUCUUGGUUGGCCGAUCACAAAUAUGAUUCUGACAUCGACAGAAGAGAUAUGGGCUUCUAUUCAAAGUGAAGAACCAGAUGAAGCACAUCAGACAUUACUAAUGUCAAGAAGGCUGUUUGAAAAGCACAACCAACCUAUAGAAAUCCACUCAAACACAACCCUAGCCGAAUUCGCAUCUGCAUUUGCGGGUCGCUGGGAAACAAUCGGGUUAUUAUUCACUACCAUUGGGUUGGCAGCGGAAUACCUCCCAAAUGGCCAUUUUGUGAAUAUGGAUGAAUACCACGAUAAAAAUUACGAAUCGGAAAAGAUCUCCCUGAUUUCGACUGCGAUUGGGGACUUAUGUCUUCAAUUCUGCGACAGUGCUGGAAUAAUCAACGAUAUGCAAUGCUGGCUUCUUUUACAUCAUAUUUCUCUCCUGACAAUUGUCUACGGGGACAGUGAUUAUCGACCAUGGCGAAAGCUCGGCGACUUGGCCUCUACGACCUUCGCAUUGGGACUCCACCAAGAGUCUAAGAAUUGUCCAUUUUUCCUUCGUGAGAUGCGUAAGCGAUCAAUGGUAGGAUCCUAUGCCAUGGAUAAAGCGCUUGCCACAUUUCUUGGGCGACCUCCCUUGAUUAGCGGGCGAUAUUGUGAUCUUCGAAUGCCGUUGGAUCUUAGUUGCGAACAAAUAAAUGCGGAGCCGGCCGAGAUAGAAGCUGCUAUUGAGGGACUAGAUAGUGCAGGCUGGAAUCAGGAUGGGUCUUUGGAACGGGGUGCAUGCGCACGCGUCACUUUGAUAGGGGCCAUCAUUCGCGAAAAGGUUUUAGAGUUAUCUCUCUGUCAGACACAAGAUCUACCAGAGCGGGUUGAGUGA